AUGCCUCACCGGCUGUGGAAAGCAUUGGGCCAUGCAGCCAGCAAGUGCAAUGCUAGACACACAGCAGAAAGACUAUGGCCGAAGUUUCCAAGUCAGAAAGUACCACCAUUUUCUCAGCCACGAUUGGAGAACUUCGGGAUCGAAGAAGCUUUUUGCCAUGCUACUCCUUUUCAAUUCUCGAGCGGCUAUGCUGGCAACCCUGACAUGCGGUCUGACUAUAUUGGCUUACUACGUGAAGGCACGCACAUUGACAGGGAUCAGACUGAAGGGCAAUUGUACUUAAGCAGUACUCGUAACUUAACAUAUGUGGCUUUUGUCGUUUUCUUCUACUUCUGGCAGCCGAUGCGGAGCAUGGCAAGGAGACCUCUCGUCGUUUUUCUCGAUAAGUUAUGCCUUGCACAUCACGACGCCGACCUUAAACAGCAAGGCAUUCUUGGCUUGGCGGCAUUUUCGGACAGAUCGGAGCACUUAACGAUUUUGUGGUCGGCACGCUACUUCCGUCGAUUGUGGUGUUGUUAUGAGCUAGCUACAUACCUCCGAAAUCCAGAUCAAGCCAACAAACCUUUGACAACUUUUCCCGUGGAGCUGUCGCUGGUGCUGAUUUCCUAUGCUGUGCUGGAAGGUGCCUUUGUCAUCCUAACCAACUUGAUGGUUUCACACUUGCAACCGCUCAUUGAUCAAGCACCAGCAAUUCUGGCUCUUCAGCUGUCACUUUGGUGCUUGUUGUGUGCGACCGGGCUCCCCAGCAUGAUCUAUGUGGUUUUGCAAGUGUACAAAGAUCUUGAAGACCUUCCCGCCUUUCUGUUGGAGUUCAGCAUUCAGCACUCCCAGUGUUUUUGCUGUUCUUCCAAUCAUUUGCAUCCAGAGACUGGUGCUGCUUUGGAGUGUGACCGGGAACUCGUGUUUGACACAGUCAAAGCGUGGUAUUCGCGAGAGAGCACAGAAAACCACCCGGUGCCCGAGGGACAUCUCGACAGGUUCAAUUCAGCAGUUCGAACCACAUUGCGAACCGGAGCUUUCGACGGUGUUGAGCAAGCAAUGCUGCCUGUACGAACCAUAACCUAUAUCACGGUUGGGAUGACAGCUCCCUGGAUGUGCAAUCAGGUGACAUGGAUGAGGGACAUGUGUUUGAGGGGGCCGGAGGGCAUCGGUCCCGCCCUCAUAUUUUGGAGAUGUUUCGUGCAAGUACUGCGGAUCGCUGCGCGGAUCUCUUUCGUACUACUGCUGGGCUUAGUGAUGCUGCGGAUUUGCAGGUGGGUGAUCCCGUGGCUGAAGCAGAGAUCGCUUGUCAAGGUAACACUUGUCGCUUUCGUUGUGUGUUUUGUGGUCUGGACACUCAUUUACAUGGCUUGGCUGCUCCCCUAUCAAGCUGCACGCCGUUCGGGAGUGGACUUUUCGCCCGGCUUGAGCACGAUGUGGCUCCUGCUUGUAGGCUUCCAAUUUAGACAGAAUUUGCGCCGGUGCAGGUGUUGUUGA